AUGUCGAAUACCACAGGCCGCAUUUUAUGUCUCUUAGGUUUCUUACUAUUUAUCCAUGCCUCCUAUUCUACCUAUGAACAUCUCUCUUAUUUAAAAGCAGUCGAGAAAGUAGAACGGGAUCUGCCCAUUGAUAUAACAAUAGAGACAUUAGUUUCAGUAGCAGUUUUCUCGUUGGGCAUUGUACUGGUGGCGAACCCGUUGAAAGAGAUAUUGAUGAAAACGGAGAUGGCUAAACAGACUAUUGAUAAAAUUGAUGCACGACCUUCUUUUAUGACUUUUAAUCAUCGUGGAAGAAUAGUGCGACGAUCUAUUUAA